AUGAAAUCAGAUGCCUCUACCAUCGAAUCCCGGCCUACGCCUGAGCCGCAUAAAGUUCCAGAUGAUACUGUCCUUGUUAUUGGUGGUGGGCCCGUGGGGCUAAUGGUGGCCUCGGUGCUUGCAUAUUUUGGUGUACGAAGCAUUGUUUUAGAGCGCAACGCUGAGCCUACGAGAUGGCCCAAAAUGGACUUAACAAACGCAAGAUCUAUGGAGCUGCUGAGGAAGAUUGGGCUGGCAGAUCAGCUACGUGAGCUGGGUGUCCCAAGUGAUAUCCCCUAUACUGUUCUUAUGUCGACGGGCUUAAGCCAAGGUUCUGCUUUUGCAAGUUGGGAUCAUAUAUCCGUCGAUCAGUACAGAAAGAAGAUUGAAUCUACCAACGACGGCAGUCAACCAGCCGAGCCGUACUUGAGAGUAUCUCAGAAUAUAUUUGAGACAUGGAUGAGAGACGUGUGUCAGGAAAAUCCCCUUAUUGAUCUCAAGUAUGGCUACAAGCUGGAAUCUACCCAUGAACUUGAACAAGAAGCCUGCUGCACAGUUACGGAACUAGGCCAAGGGCAACGCGAGUACAUUUCAAGUUAUGUCAUUGCUUGCGAUGGUGCUUCAAGCCGAUGUAGAAAAUCCCUCGACAUAGACCUCGAUGGCGGUCCAACCGAAGCGUCAUUCCUACUCGUUCACUUCAAGUCGCGCGAUCUAGAACAUCUUCAUAAGCAGGGAAGAUUUUGGCACUUGUUCAUGUUUGCUAACGGCACCUUUGGAGGUGCCGUGAUAUCGCAGGAUGAGAAGGACAUCUUCACUAUCCAUUAUCCCCUCUUGAAUGACAUCGAUGAAUCUUCUAUUUCCUCCGAGGACGCUAUAUAUACAGUGCUUGGUGGAUUACACGAGCCGUACAAAAUCAAGAUCGAUGAAGUACUAGUGAGGUCAACUUUUCGGCCAAGUAUUGCUGUAGCCAAGUCUUUCGCCAGUCCAGACCUCCGUAUCUUCUUAGCUGGGAACGCAGCGCACCAAAAUAUUCCGACGGGUGGCUAUGGCAUGAACACGGGUUUGGGUGAUGCCUUUGACAUCGGCUGGAAACUUGCCGCAGUGAUCAACGGACAUGCUCAGAAUGGCUUGUUGAGGACUUACGAAACAGAGCGCAAACCCAUUGCGUACCAGAAUGUUCAACGAUCGGGCGUACACAUGGGUGUUCACUUGAAAGCUGUGCAGCUUCUGGGAGAUAGACCCGAGUUAAUCGAAAGCUCGUCUCCAGAGGGUAUCAGCCUCCGGCAAACUCUUUCGCAGCAUUACGAAGAAAACGAUGGAGAGAAUAAGGAUAUGGGCAUCGAAAUGGGCUACCGCUACGACUCUCCAGUAUGCCUUCCUGAUCUGACAGAAAAAAAACCAGAGUGGGAACCUAGGGGGUAUCUACCAACUACUUGGCCUGGCAGUCGUGCGCCCCAUGUCAUCUUGAGUGACAAGUCAUCAAUAUUCGACCACCUUGGCCCAUUCUUUACACUGGUGGAGUUUCAAGAUAAGGAAGCUGAACAGAGCAGAAGCAGAUGGCUCAUCACUGCAGCACAGGCACUCAACAUACCACUUAAGCUUACUCAGCUGCGAGGAGAAGCUUUAGCUGCAAAGAUUUGGGAGCGACCUCUCGUACUAGUGAGGCCGGAUGGACACGUUGCUUGGAGGGGGGAUCAUGUAGACACCCUAUCACAGGCGAGCAGCAUUUUUGAAACCGUUCUUGGCUAUCAUUGUUAA